AGUGAGAAAUCGCGUGCGUGCCUCUUCUAUCCCUUGUGAUCGUCUCGAGAAGAGCUUCCGCGGCACCCUGUGACCGCGCUUCGCGGGUAAUCCCCAAAAGCCCGCAGAGCGCGAAACUUUCUUCUGCGACACAACCGCCGCCAGCGUACAAUUCUGCGUCACGUUUCACCGUCGGGGUUCGCGCAAACGCGAACCUUUCACGAGUGCUGCUGCUAACUCAACGCGACUUGUGAUCGACCGGUAUCGUCCUCUUCGAUUUCCUACCGGCGGAUGAAAAAUCACCUGGCUUCUCCCCUUGACGGCUAAUAUCACCGCGCUCUACGAGUUGAACGACAGGAUAUCACAGGAUCCGCUUAUUGCGUUCCCGACUCCGCACCAGAGAAGAUCAAUUUCAAUCGAUCCACCACCUACAGACGUCGGGCAAAUGGAGUUCGCCUUUUUCGUCGACGAAUCGUAACUUGCUGACAUCUGUCGGAGCCACCAACAAACACGUGUAUCACAGACAGUGAGAUGGAAAACGAGACCGCAAAUGAUGGGAAAUCAGUCGCGGAGAAACAUGCUGAAAGAAUGAAACGCUUGAGAGAACUCCAUACAAAAAGAAAUGAGGCUAGACAGCAAAAUCAUAAAGAAGUUGUAGAGGAGGACAAAAGGAAUAAACUUCCUUCGAAUUGGGAAUCUCGUAAAAGGCAAGCAGAAUGGAUCAUUCAAGAUGAAGCUGCAAGAAAAGCUGCCGAAGAAAAAGGAGAAGAUUAUGAGAGAACAAAAUUACUUCACAUUGAUGCAACAGAAGCAGAACGUAUAGCAAGAAAGAAAAAAAAUAAAAAGAAUCCAGAUCCAGGUUUUUCAGAUUAUGAACAAGCAGCUAUUCGUCAAUAUAAUAGGCUGGUGAAAAAUAUUAAACCAAACAUGGAUUCAUAUAACGAAGCUAAAGAAAAGUUAGGUCCAGCUUUUUAUGGAGAUAGAAACACUAUAUUACAUGGUCUACAUGAAGAUAAGAAAGAGGCUGUUGACAAAAUGGUGGAAAACUUGGAAAAACAAAUUGCAAAGAGAGAAAAGUAUAGCAGAAGAAGAAUGCACAAUGACGACGCCGAUAUCGAUUACAUCAACGAACGUAAUGCUAAAUUCAACCAGAAAUUAGAAAGGUUCUAUGGGGAAUAUACGCGUGAAACAAAGCUGAAUUUGGAACGAGGUACAGCUAUAUAAUAAGUGAAGAAUAUUAUACUAAAGGACUUACUACAAACAUCUUGUAUUUUAAAUAGUAUUUCAAAACUCAUACAAAUAGAAUUGACUACUGAUAAGUCGUUGAUUAUCUAGUAAUUAGAAGUGCAAAUGAUACAUUUUGCAAUACGAUAUUUACCAAUUUUAAAUCUGCAUUCAUUGUUAAAAAAUCAAAUUAUAUAUUAAUUUCGUAAAUAAAAAAUUAAACUCAA